GGAAAAACUUAAGCUGCCACUCGAAGGGCACCUGUCCUUGAAAGAGUAGGUUGGCGGAGCUAAAUUUUCUGUUCGAGUCCGGAGCUACUAGUCACCACCAUAGCCGCUGCUGGCCCCAGACCACCCAGAUCCAAGACAGUCUGUGGGCAGGGCGGAGUGGGAGUGAGGAGGGAAGAAGUAAGGGUGCCGUGCUUCCGAAGGUGUUAUAGAAGGAGUCCAGCCCUAGGGUCCAAGUGAGCAGCGGACAUGGAGGGCGCGCCCAGUAACCUUCGGAAGAAGGCGGCGGAGCGGCAGUACCGGGCGGAGGUGAUGCUGGCGGGGGAGCAGCUGAGGCUUCGACUUCAUGAUGGGAAGCUCAUCAAGGAUCGACGUUAUCAUCUUCGGACAUAUCCCAACUGUUUUGUGGCCAAGGAGCUCACAGAUUGGCUGAUAGAUCACAAGGAGGCACCCGACAGAGAAACAGGCAUUCGGCUGAUGCAGAAACUGAUGGACCACUACAUCAUUCAUCACGUGUGUGAUGAGCACUCAGACUACAAAGAUGCCAAACUGCUGUACCGCUUCCGCAAGGACGAUGGGACCUUCCCUUUAAAUAAGGAUGUCAAGGUGUUUCUUCGAGGCCAGAGUCUGUAUGAAGCGUUGGUGAGUGCAGAUGGUUCAAUCCUUAAAGUACGGGAGGAAAAGUCUGUCAGGUACCAGCGAGCUUUCAUGGGCUGUGAGAUGGUGGACUGGCUCACUCAGGAGGGAGAGGCAGCCAGCAGGAAGGAGGCUGUGGAGCUGUGUCGGACCCUCCUGGAACACGGGAUCAUUCAACAUGUCUCUACCAAGCACCACUUCUUUGACAGCAAUCUCCUUUACCAGUUCCGGAUCAACUUCCGUAGGCGGCGGCGGCUGACAGAGCUUCUGACUGACAACAUCCGAGCUGUCCCUGAGAGUCCUGAUAGUCCCUUCUGUCUUCGAAAGCUCAACCCUGACCAGGGCAAUACCAGCUUCCUUUCAGUUCAGCCUAACAAGGAAAUCAAAGUGGUCUCAGCUGUUAGGAGAAGCAGUGUCACCAGCCUAGCAGGGGGAGCUGGCCCCUACUAUAACAGUCCCCCUCUUCUGGGGCUCCCACCAGGCUCUGAGUGCAACCCUAAGUCAGUGCUGAAGAGACAGGUAACCAGUGAGGAGCUAUUGUCCCCAGGAGCCCCCUAUGUGAAGAAGACUCUAACAAUUGUAGGGGAUGCUGUGGGUUGGGGGUUUGUAGUCCGAGGAGGAAGACCCUGUCACAUCCAGGCUGUGGAUCCUGGAGGCCCAGCUGCUGCUGCAGGCAUGAAGGCCCAGAGUGCCAUGACAGCCCAGGGAUGCAUCUGCAUCUGGCUGGUCUGGGCCUCAGUGUUGGACCUCAUCCAUGGACAAGGACCCAACCUAGGGACUAGCCGACUGAGGCUGACUGUGCUAUCUGAAGACCGGCUGCAGAUGAAGUGGAAGGAAUCAGAAGGAAAUACCAAUGGCUACAAAGUUCAAGUAAAGCCCAUGGCAGGGGACUCUGAACAGGAAGUAAUGCUGACUACCAAGACACCUAAAGUCACUGUGGUUGGACUGAGCCCCACCAAGGAAUACACACUCCAAAUAUUUGCACUCAGUGGCUCCCGUGACACUCUGAUGGCCAGGCGGAGGUUUGUGAUUGAGGAUUUGAAGAGCAUCUCCAUGGGCAGGAACAGCCGGAAGCCAUCAGGGGAAAUCCUGGAGCCUAUUCCCUCUUCAGUAGGAAAUCAUGAAUUUGAGCAGGUUCCUGAGCUUGGAGCAACUUCACCAACUUGGAGUGGAGUCUCUCCCACUUUAGGUCCUCAGUUCCACUGUGACACCUCCAUUCCUGUGGAUAUAGUAUUCUUGGUGGAUGGGUCCUGGAGUAUUGGCCGAAGUAACUUUAGGCUCAUCAGAGAAUUCCUGGCCAACAUCAUCUCUCCUUUUCACAGCCCAGAUAAAGUCCGAAUAGGUUUGUCCCAAUACAGUGGAGAUCCCAGGACUGAAUGGGACCUGAAUUCAUUCAACACCAAGGAUGAAGUUCUAGAGGCUGUGCGAAAUCUCCGUUACAAGGGUGGUAACACUUUCACAGGUCUUGCACUGACUCACGUACUAGAACAGAACCUGAAGCUUGAAGCUGGGUCUCGCUCUGAGGCAGUUAAAGUGGUGAUUCUUCUGACCGAUGGCAAGUCACAGGAUGAUGCCCGACUUGCUGCUCAAGUUAUGAAAGACCUAGGCAUGGACAUCUUUGCCAUUGGAGUGAAGAAUGCUGAUGAGUCUGAGCUGACACACCUGGCCUCUCUACCCCUGGAUGUCACAGUUCACAAUGUCCAGGAUUUCCAUCUCCUUGGCAACCUGACCAAAAGACUCACCCGACUCCUUUGCUGGAAGAUCCAAGAGAGAAGCCGGAGCACGGACCUAGGUGUCCCGGCUAACAGAUGGCCUCACACAAGCCCUACAAAUCUGAUUGUAUCGGAGGUGACAGCCACAGGGCUCCGCCUGGCCUGGACCCCUCCUCUAGAGCCUGCCAGGAAGUACAGGAUUGUAUAUCAUCCCUCCAGAGGUGGCACACCCAUGGAGGUCACAGUGGAGGGGGCUGCCUCAUCUGCCCAGCUGCUGAAUUUGACCUCCAACACAGAGUACUUGGUUACAGUGCUUCCUGUCUAUAAGGAUGGUGAUGGAGAGGGGCUCCGGGACAUUGUGACUACAUUACCACUGUCUCCACCAAGCUCACUGACCAUUUUCAGCGUGACCCACAGUAGUAUCCACUUGACUUGGCAACCUGCAAAUAAAGCUACCCAGUACCUGAUUCACUGCACUUCAUCAGCUUCCCCUAGAGAGCAGAAAGUAGAAGAGGAAGAGGAAGGAGGAAAAGAGGUGAGAGUGGGAGAUCCUGAAGUUCUGCUGGAAGGUCUGGCUCCUGGCACAGAAUAUAGCAUUGCUGUGUAUGCUCUCUUUGGGGAGGAAGUCAGUGCACCCCAGAGCAUCCGAGUCAAGACCUUAUCCUUGGAUCUCCCCAAACACCUGAGCUUCUCUGAGGUCAGCCACAGCUCUGUUCGAGUCCACUGGGAGGCAUCAUCACGGGUGGUGCGCAUGUACCACGUGUCCUAUGUCUCACUCGAAGGGAACCAAGCUGGGGAGAUAGAUGUCUCCAGGAAUGCCUCUUCUGUCAAGCUGGCCCCAUUAUCCUCCUCUACCUCAUAUAUUGUCAGUGUCACAUCAAUCUACAAAGAAGGUGAUUCCUCCACACUCACUGGAAGAGUGACCACACGAAAAGUUCCAGCCCCAAGCCACUUAAAAGUAACCGAACUGCCAGGGGAUGAUGUCCGGCUGGAGUGGGCUGCUGCUGCAGCUUCUGGUGUGGUGGUCUAUCAGAUCAAAUGGAUGCCCUUGGGUGAAGGAAAAGCUUAUGAGAUUUCUGUCCCAGGGAACCUAGGCACUGCCACUUUGCCUGGUCUAGGGAAGCAUGCAGAAUAUGAGAUCUCCAUCCUAGCCUAUUACAGAGAUGGGGCCCGCAGUGACACAGUAUCCCUCAGAUAUACUCCAAUGAGCAGGAAUCCACCCUUGAACCUUGUGCUAACCUCAGAGACUCCCAGCAGCCUUCGGAUCCUCUGGACACCCCCUAAUGACAACGUUCUGCACUACAGACUCACCUAUGCCCUGGCCUCUGGCUCUAGCCCUGAGAAAACAAUCAUAAUUCCCGGCCCAGAGAACCACGUGACACUUCCUCUCCUGCUCCCUGGGACCAAGUACAAGAUUAUGGUUUCAGCUGUGUACAGGCUAGGGGAGAGCAAUGUUGUGUCUGCCAUAGGAAGGACUGCGGCUUGCCCAGCUCUCCGUGCUAACGGCUCUCUGCCAGGAUUUGACAUGAUGGAGGCUUUUGGCUUGGUGGAAAAGGAGUAUGCAUCCAUCAAAGGGGUCUCGAUGGAGCCCUCUAUCUUCAGUGGAACUCGGACCUAUACACUCUUCAGGGAUGUCCAGUUGAUGCGUCGAGCCAGUGAAAUCCAUCCAGCUGCCCUCCCACCGGAGCACACCAUCAGCUUUCUCCUCCGUGUGCUCCCAGAGACACCUAGGGAGCCCUUUGCACUGUGGCAGAUCACUGAUGAGACCUUCGAGCCCCUUCUUGGAGUCACCCUUGAUGCUGGCAGAAAGUCCCUGACCUAUUUCCAUCGUGACCACAAGGCUGAGUUGCAAGAAGUCACAUUUGAUUUGCAGGAAGUGAAGAAGAUAUUUUAUGGGAGCUUCCACAAGGUACAUGUGGCAGUCAGUCGCACCAAGGUCAAGCUCUAUGUUGAUUGUCGGAAGGUCACAGAGAGGCUGAUCAGUGAGGCAGGGAGCUCAUCAACUGCAGGAUUUGUCAUGUUGGGAAAACUAAUGAAGACCAGGGGCCCCCGGAGUGGCUCAGCAACUUUUCAGCUCCAGGCCCUGCAGAUUGUUUGCAGUGACACCUGGGCGGAGGAAGACAAAUGCUGUGAGGUACCUGCUCUGAGAGAUGCAGAAACCUGCCCUGCCCUGACUUCUGCCUGCACUUGUCCUUCAGAUCAGCCUGGUCCUCCAGGGCCUCCAGGGCCCCCUGGCACCCCAGGGAGGAGAGGCAUCCAGGGGGAGCAAGGGACUCCAGGACCUAGAGGAGAACCAGGUCCACCCGGACAGACUGGACCAGAGGGCCCUGGAGGCCAGCAGGGGUCACCAGGGACUCAAGGUCUCACAGUUCAGGGACCUGUGGGUCCACCAGGGGUCAAAGGUGAGAAGGGGGACAUUGGACAUCCAGGCUUACAGGGCCACCCUGGCCACCAAGGACCCCCUGGGAGACACGGCCUCCAAGGUCCAAAGGGAAUGAGGGGAUUUGAAGGUACAGCUGGCUUUCCAGGACCUCCUGGCCCAAGGGGCUUUCAGGGAAUAGCUGGUGCCAGAGGCAUCAAUGGGGAGAAGGGACCCCCUGGAGACGUGGGACCCACGGGACUUCCUGGGCCUAAAGGAGAGCGAGGAGAGAAGGGAGAGCCCCAGUCCCUCGCCACCAUUUACCAGUUGGUCAGCCAGGCUUGUGAGCAGUUGAUUCAGACUCAUGUGUUGAAAUUUGAUCCAUUCCUUCAUGAAAACACCAGGCCCCCAGUGCCUGUCUGGGAGGAGGAGGUAAAGUCAGGAGAGCCAGGCUUGCCUGGUCUUGCUAGCCUUCCGGGCCAGAAAGGAGACAGAGGAGAGGAUGGAUUCCCUGGAGAUCCUGGGAGAGAGGGCUACCUAGGUGGGCUGGGAGCUAAGGGGCAGAAGAAUAGCCCUGUCCUAUCAGUACAAAGGUCUCCUGGACUCCAGGGAACGACAGACCAAUCAGGGGAAGAUCUUCUGGAAAAACUGGGAUCUCAGGGUUCUCCAGGACCAGGUAGCCCCUCCAGGUUUUCAGGGGUUGCAGUCCAAGCUGGAAAGUCUGGCCCUUCAGGGGACUGUGAAUCCUCAGAAUGUCUCCUAAAGAGUCCAAGAGAUGUUGACUUGAUCCCCUGAUCCUGGCAGAAGGAUGGACCCUGAGCAGGUUCUCAGUGAUCCCCAAUUUGGCUCCUGUUUGGCCUGCUUGUUCCAUCUACCCUUGUCCCUUCUCAACUAUGUAGGCUAUUCCACAUGAUACAUUUUUCUCCACAGCUGUUUGAGGCAUCUAGAUGUAUGGGAUAUUUGGUGGUUUGAUGACAGCUGUUUGGGGGAAUCUGGAGAGUCUGAGACAAUAAGCCAUGAGGAGACUGCAGAUGGAAGGAGGGGUGGAAGGCACAGAGUCAACAAGAAUUUUUCCCCUCUCCUUAGGCCUGGAGCUUUAAGUAGGCUUCCUAGUGCUAGCUAUAGAAAAGGAGAAAAGAUUUGAGUGGAAAGAGCCCUGCUCCAGGUUUACCUUCUAGGACAGCCUUGCAACAUUCCUGCAAUUGUAUCCUGCUUCUGUCUAGCCUGGGAUCAGCAUCCUUUGUUCUCAGAGAUUGUCUUCAGAAGUUUGUUCUUAGCUUCUGUUGGCUCUGGGGCUGGGCAAAAACCCAGCCUCUGUCAUUCAAUUGAGUUUAGUUUCAGUUAUUUUCUUUGAAAGGCCUCAUUGCUUUGUGCUAUACAUCUUAUGGCCAAUAAGGAAGGAGUCAGGAUACUUUGGCUAUGGGAGACUUCCAUGGGAUGUUAGGGUAAAGCUGGCAGGUUAAACAUCUUGACAUGUGUAAUCGGUUUAUUUGGAUUCAAUGCUAUGUAGGAAUUUAAGGAACUCUCUAUGUGUAAAGAGUUAUGUAUUAAAAACUAUAGGAUUUC